AUGCCAUUUCGAAACGAUCGGAGGUAUAUGGUGGCUGACUCAAAGGUAUGUAAGAGUCCUGUAGUUGACGUCCUUGAAAACCAAAAUACAGACCAAUACUAUGUCAGAGACAAUCGUUAUAGGACUGAACAUAAAUGUAUGAACUUAUCACUGUCUUCAUGCUCAUCGUCUCCAACGUCACAUAACGGGAAUAAUAAUGGUAUUUUCAUUACAACAGACUCUCCAUCAAACGACAUGACUUUAUCGUUAAGUCUUAAAUCUUCUCCUGCAAACCCUCAUACCUCUGAUAUAAAUUCUAUUUCAAAUUCAUAUAAUAUCAGUGGCUUUAACAAUAAAAAUGCCCUGGAAUCUGUCAACGAUUUAAUCUCUUUAUCGAUACAAACUAAUACUAUUGUGUCCACGAAGGGUUCAGGAGAAAAUGAAAACAACAUAAAAUCAAGAAAUCAAUCCAUUUCUGAGUCUAUGACAUCAUCAUCCUCUUUCUUGGAUAACGUAUUCAAUGCCUUCCAAUUGAAACCUAAACAGCAACAGCAACAACGGCUUUCAAAAAUCAAUACCUCUUCUGACGUUUCAUUAAGUUCCCCAAUACAUACCAUAUCAUCCAAAAAGCACUUAACUCCUAUGCCAAACUACUAUAUGGCGUCAUCGGGGAGGAAUCAAAAAUUCCAUAAAUUAUUUAAUAUUAAUCAUUCAAAAAAUGACAAUUUAAUUGAUGAUUUUAAUUGUACCCUCGUUGAUGAUUCAAUUCCAGGUAAAUUAUACGUUUCCGAAAGCUACAUACGGUUUUAUCCUACAAAUAUGACAUCAGCUAAUAAUAAUACCGAUAAGAAUAAUAACAAUAAUGUAAAUAUUAUUAUUGAAUAUCAUUUCAAGGAUAUUAAAAACAUUGAAAAAACAGAAGAAGAAGGUAUAGCCAUUCACAUUACGACUGAAGAUGGUAAUGACAAAGAAUUAUUGUUUUGUAAUUUUGUUUCAUUAUAUCCCAUACUCGUAUUAUUAUUAAAUUUAUGGUCACAAAUAAACAAGUUAAAUGACGACAUUCAAAAAAUUGCUUCAAAUAAAUUAAUUAGAAUGAACGAAUUGGAUCAUAUCAUACCUUCACCUGAUUACAUGAUGAUGAUCCGUCCACUUUCAAGAAAUGGUAUUAUGAAGAAUAAACAAUAUAUGACGAAUGAACCAAUUUCAUUCAUCGAAGAGGCAAUAAAUUCAAUAGACGGAGAUGAGCAACGACUGGAUGGGAAUCUUGUUGAUGACAAUGAGGAAGGUUCUAAUUCAAGCCAAAGUAUAGGAUCAUUUGAUAGUAGUAUAAGAACUAAUUCUGAGAUUAUAUCAACGAAGAAACCGAUUUUCAAAUUUAAGGAACAAACAAUGAAAAGUUGUAAUUUCAAAUAUAAUGGACCAUAUUAUCAUCAUGAAACUGAAUUUCCCUAUCAUCCUGAAGAUCAUAAUGAAUAUAUACUUACUGAAUUAAUAUUGAAUGGUUCACCAGGUUUAAUUUUUGAAAUUCUUUUUAGUGAACAUAAUCCUGAAUUUUUACUAGAAUUUCUUGAAAGUCAAGAUUCACAUAAUAUUAGUGACAUUAAUGAAUUUCAUAACUCCAAUACAACUAAUUAUCCAUUUAGAAAUUAUUCUUAUAUUAAGAAUUUAAAAUUUUCUGUUGGACCUAAAUCAACAAAUUGUAAUGUGGAGGAAACUUUAAUUUAUUAUGACUUAUAUGAUUAUAUUAAUAUUGUUAACACAACAAAGACACCAAAUGUUCCGAGUGGGGGAAGUUUUUCAACGAAGACAAGAUAUAUGCUUAGAUGGAAUGAUGAAACUCAUUGUUUCUUAAAGAUUUCAUAUUGGGUGGAAUGGUCUGGUUCAAGUUGGAUCAAAUCAUUAGUUGAAUCAAGUUGUAAAACUGGGUUAAUAUCAUCCACGAAAGAUUUGGUUAAUCAAUUACAACGAUACUUGGAUAAAUAUGUGGAAGAAAGUAAUGAUGAAUCAAGUAUGGUUAAUAAUAAUGAGUUAUUGAACAAAAUGAUUACUGAAGAGCACACAAUAGUCAAUGAAAAUAUCAUCAUCGAGAAUAACAAUACAAGACCAAAAGAAAUAAAAGCAGACAACGUUGUUAGAGAAGAGAAGAUCGGUAAUAUGCCAGAAAUGGUUUCAAUAAAAAUGUCCAAGAAAUUACUGAUAUUGGUAAUGAUAUUAGUUAUAUUCUUGAUAUGUUUAAAUAUUUAUUAUAUUUUCUCAUUGAAGAGAUCUAUGAAUAGAAUUGAAGCAUUGCUUUCACGUACGCCAACAACAACGAAUCGAUUGAGCGAUUUUCCAGCAAAGUUUUUUCACAAUUAA